GUCAUUACGUCACAUGCAAGAUUGCAGCGACGUUGCAGCAGAAUGGAGGCUCAACGGUGACAUAAACAGAAAUGUUCAAACCGUGGUCUGUUAUUGUGUUUUCCUCUUCAUGCAGGGUCUUCAGCAGAAGUUUGUGUGGUCUGUCUUCUAAAAUGAGUAUCCCUGUGGUGGACUUUGGCGGGUACAGCCUGGAGAAGAAGGAUGUUUCUAAAAAGGACUUGAAUAUUUUGAGGAAGAAGUUAAAAUCAGCCUUUACAGACGUCGGUUUCGUCUUUUUAACGAACACUGGCAUCACUCACGAGGAGGUAGGAGACUGAAUGAAGAAGUUAGCUUGUGUUAAAGUUGGCAGUGUUAAAGGAAAUGUGUGUUUCUUUCUGUUCUGUACAGAUGAACUAUGUUAUGGAUAUAUCCAAGACGUUUUUCCUUCAGCCGGUGAAACUGAAACUUCCUUACAGCAGAGGAAACUUUUCACUAAACUCUAACCAUGGCUGGGUUUCUCUGGAAAAAGAGAAGUAUGUAACAAACACAUCAUUUAAACUUUAUUUAUGAACAGUCUGCAAUCUUUACUGGAGUUUAAUUCUGAUCCAUUGCCUCCUAGGUUAAAUCCAAAUCGACCUGGAGAUCUAAAGGAGGCAUUCAACGUUGUUUUACUUCAUUCAGACAUAGUAAGAAUAUAGAAAUACUUCUAUGUUAAAGUCUAACUUCAGUGUAUUGUUGUUAGGUUACAGAUUUCAAGCUGUGGGACUGAUCCAGUUCAGUCUUGACUAAUCAGUUAUGUGGUAAGAGUUGUACUUUGUACAUUUAUUUCAGCUGCUCAGAGACUGUUUGUCACACAUAAACCAAUCAUGAGUGUGUUAAAGUUACACCUUUUUGUAUUUCAACUCCAUCAAAUCGAACAUGAUUGGGUUUUACGUGUCUCUAACAAUUUUUGUUUAAACAAAGGAGUCAGAUGUUGCAACUGCGACACUGUUAAGCAACAUAUUUGGUUUAAUUUGAAACAGAUUUCAAAGACGUAAAAGGGAAAUGAACCUGAUAACAAGCAGAAAGAAAAGCAGAGAAUAAAACAGAAAACUGCUGCGUACUAGGUUGCUUUGAUACAUUUCCCUUAUUAAACAAAAGCUUUUAAAAAAUCAGUCUUAAAACUUGUACACUAAAAAUACACGUUUUUAAACACACCUAUAUCAUAAUUCGUUUAAUAGUAAUAAAUCAGUGCUACUUUUUAUUGGUAAGUAUUCGCAAAGUAACAUAAAUCAGUUUCUACCUCAUUUAAAGCUCCAGUUAGAAGUUUUAGCUGGUUUUUAAUUACUAUGGUGCCUCAUCAUGACCUGCAAAUGCAAACAAGAGUAUCUCCAAAAAGACCAACAACUUUAACCACGACGAGGGGGUAGAUGUUACACCAUACAACUCAGAGCAACACUUUCUUUUACUCGUUCCGCUGCAAAUAUUUCCUCUGAGCUGCAAAAAAAGAGAUUUAUUUGGUCAGAAAAUUUGGUUUCCACAUGUUAAGGACAAGAUGGACAAAAAAUGAGCUUUAAUGUUCUUUUUGUAAGUUGACAUCAUGACAUACAAAUGCAGUUCAAUCCCUUUAUCUUGUCAUGUUGGACUAGAAGAGUUCAGCUUCCUCGAGCUAAAAAAAAAAGAAACCUUUAUUCAACAUGAUUCUGUCUUACAAAUAGACUAGAUAGUGACCUUUACCCACAUGAACGACAACAAACAAGAAACAUAAUAAACUAAAACUCUGUUCUCUCCUGCUCCUGUAGAGAUGGCCAUCAGUGAAGUCGCCUGAGAAAGAGUCCUUUCAGGAAAUUCACACACGUUUCUUCCUGCGCUGUAAAGAGCUGAGUCUGCGGGUGCUUCGAGUGAUGGCUCACUGUCUAGACCUGGACCCAGAGGUGUUCCUUGGCCCACACAAAAAUAUAGGAAGUAAGUGGAAAAGUAGAGCAGCAACUAAAAAAUGAUUUUAUUCUUUUUUAUUGGAAAACAGUAAAAAUAAAAUAAAAGGUCAGUGCUUGAUCCAGAGUCAAAAAUGUUAAAAGACAGCUUAACAAUAAAACUAUUCAUUUUACAGUCAUAGAGGAGUAAAUCAACCAAGAAAAUGUUUACAUUCAAUCACAAAAUUAGAGAAACACAGCUUUCUAUCUCUCCAUAAGAUCCCAGAAUAAAAAGUAGGUCCUUGGUAUUUAUGUCAAGUCUCAGUCUUUGCAGCUCACACCUACAAAAACAUGAAGGGUUUGAAUCAAAUCAAGUGAGAAAUAUUGUACAUGUUUUAAAAUCAACACUGACUGACUGCUUUGUUUUUGCUUUUUAAGUGUCAUAUCAGCAAAUUGAGAUCAGCUGAUAUGUGGCGACACUAUCUAUGACCUAAGCCCUUGUUUAUCUGAGUCAGGUCUUAUGACUGUGUGCAGAUGUUUUCAGGCUCUCAUUUGAAAUCCGAUAACUUUUCUUUAGGUAGAAACUUUUAUUCAUUUUAUUGUGAUGAAACAUGACUUCUGUUUACAUUAUCUCAGAGACAAGAAGCGCUUUUUUAUUCUUUUGUUGACCAGCUGGAGUUACUCUAUAACACAAUAACUAACAUGUAGGUGUGCCUCUGGAUUUGAUGUACCAGAAGGUCAAAAGUAGAUAAAGCAAACUUCUUUAUGAGGCUCCUGUCAAGAGAUUAUAACUCGUUAACUUUUAAAAACCAUCCUCACCUGUUAACAGUGACGUUGUGUCCCCUCCAGCGGAUAAAAACAGCACCGCCCUGCGCUCGCUGUACUACCCACCGGUGAAUAGUGAGGAGGCCAAGGAGGGUCAGCUGAGGUGUGGAGAGCAUUCAGACUACGGCAGCAUCACUUUACUGUUCCAGAGCUCUGAAGGACUGGAGGUAACUCCACCAACACCUCCACCUCUGGAAAUGUCUUGUUUACAUCCAACAUUUUCCCUGAGAAACCUUGAAUUCAGUUAAUCGUGUGUUUAUUGAAGAUACAGGUAUUAUCCUUACUGUGAGUGACAAAAUAUUCAAUGGCCUGAAAUCAUUUAUAAAUGGUGCAAACUGACAGGAUUUUUUAACCAAGCAGCUAAACUAGACAGGGCACAAGUUUCAUGGCAUGUACAUCACUCCCCUUGUCCGCUUGCCCUCCGUGCUCAUGACGAGUUUUCCUCCUGCGAUUUCACAUGAACCAACUCAGAUUUUAUCCUGAGAUUAAAGUAGGGGGCUGGAAGGGAAAUACUCCAGGUGGGAUCAAGUUGAAAAUUCAGCUGUCUGUGUUCACACAUGCAGCUCAUCCAGGAAGUUUUCAGGAACUUUGUGCAUGUGUUGCUAAUUUAUCAUUUGGUAUUUGUCACUUUAAAUGAAUUUGAAAUGUUCGUCACAUUUGAACUUGCAGGUGCGGACUCGGUCUGGCACGUUCAUCGCUGCUCCCUGUAUUCCCGGGGCAGUCCUCGUAAACAUCGCUGACUUGAUGCAGCGCUGGACCAGCGACCAGUUUGUAUCUGUGGUGAGUUUAAAGGAUUUUUUUAUUGCAGAUACCUUUAACCCCACAUAGAUGAUUAUUAUUAUUGAGCCGACACAGUUAUCUCUGAGGAGUUUAUGCCAGCUCAGCCUAUCAGGUAGGUAUUUUGAUGAGUCAAACAUUUGUGUGGACUAUGUGUCAUCUCAAUCUGCUGUAAAAACAGAGACAAGCUUUGAAGAUUUAACUUCUGAAAACUGAAGAAACAUCAGCUGUGUUUGCAGACUGCAGCUGUAGGGGGGCUGGUGGUUUCCCCAGGUUCAAAAAGGUCCUGAAGUCCUGUCAUCACCAAGUCCCACUCCUGACAGCUGAAGUUUUAUCAGUUUAUAUGCAUGGGCUCAAAGUUCACACACCUGCACUGUCAGGUGACUUUUGAUCUCUCCUGGUCUCUGAAUAGUGCAGACGUUCCUCCCUCUCUCUCCUUUGGCCUGUGGAGUCUUGUUGUUGGUCUUUCUUAUUUGAUUUUUCUUACAUGUCACUGUAACUGAGACAAAUGCAUGAGAGAUGUUGCUAUAAGACGUAAACGCUAACCUCAUCAUUAUAAACACCUGGGAAAUCUACUGAACCACCUAAUCUGUCAGCACAGACAGAUGUGCUGACAGAUCAAGAUCUACAGUAAGAUACCAAAUCUGGGCUUAACCAGGACAAGUUCAGGAUACAAAGGUUGAAUAUAAAAUAAUAAAAUGUAAAGCUACUGUUGUAAAAACAGGAUGUAUUAAAUGUGAAAGCCUCUCACUGCCUUGUUUCUGUCCCUCAGCGCCACAGAGUUUUGCUCCCUCCUGCUGGAGACUCACGGACACGUCAGUCCAUGGCUUUCUUCGUCCAUCCGGAUGACGACUCUCUGAUCACCUGCUGUGACGGCUCCGACAAAUACCCUCCUGUGACAGCAGGCGGUUACCUGAUCGAGCGUUUUGAAGACUCGUAUGGAAGAAAAUGAAUUUCUACUUUGAGUUGAUUUUACAUCUUUUAAGGUUAGAGGUUUAUUUCUUGGUGCUGGAAGAGUAUGGUGAGUUAUGGUGACAGGAACAUUAUUGGUGAUCUUGAAACAAAGGUAAAUCUCAAUGAAAGGGUGAGAGCGCAAGUGACUGUGACAAAUGUCAAAGUGUAGCGGUGAGACGACAGGGUCAGAGCUUCUCCAAAGCAGCAGCUCUUGUAGGGUGUCUCCAAUCGUGGAAAACAGGUGAAUUUGUGACAGUGAAGGUUUGGAGUGAGCUAGCUGAUCCUGAUCAGACUGAACAGAAGCGGUAGAAGAGGUCAAACUCCUGGAAAAGUCAACGCUGGCCCUGAUAGAAAGGUGUCAAAACACUCACAGUGCAUCACAGUUUGUUGUGUAUGAGGCUGGACUCUCUGACCUGUCCUUGCUGACCUCGUUCACUAACUAAAGUGCCUGCUGUGGAUGUGAGCGCCACAACUGGAUCUUUUUGCAGUGGAAGACGGUGGCCUAGAGGAAAAAGGCAGUGUGGACUUUGUCUCUGAAUUCCUCAGACCUCUAUCCAGUCGAGCAACAGCUGAUCUGUGGAGACAUCACCUAACAAUCAAGACUUCAGGUUCUUCUGUGCAGGCGCUGGAUACCACAGCACACCUUCAGAGUCCAUGUCCAUGUCAGGUCAGAACAAGAGGGAGGCCAGAGGUCAUGAUGUUGGGGUUGAUUGUCUGGUGUUUUCAGUUAGUCAUUGACAGAGUUUCCUGACUUUUAAAGAUAGUCCCUUAGACCGGGGCACAGAAUGGCCCUGGUUUUAGCACACACCUCAUGCAGUGGUCGCUGGUUCAACUUCCUGCCACAAGCGUUUACUGCGUAUCAUCCUCCUCUUUCAGGUCUCUCCUCAGCUGCUCUACACAGUUACAGCAAUAAUGUAAGACAAAUUUUAGGUGUAAUUUUUAAAGGAUUUUUUUAACACUAGUUUUUUUAAACCUUGUACAAAAAUGUCAUGAAAUCAGGAAUUUUUCUGGUACACAGAUUUAGCGGCUUCAUGACAGGAAUUUAAAACUCAAAUAAACUGGACUUUUGUGUGUGUGACUUACAAUCUUUGUGUUCAUACAACAUCUUACAACAUGCACAUUUAACCAGGGAUAAAACCUGCUUUUAUUAACAGUGGAUGGGUCUUAUAGAGGUAAUAUAAAACACAAUUCAGACACACACACAGCAUGAGACUCACAAGCAAACUGCUCUGGUAUCACUUCAUUGUCCACUCAAUAUUAUCCUAAAGCAGGUACAAUUAUAUUGCAAAUUAAAAGACUGGUGCUUGUUGUUAAAGCAGCUGGAAAGCAGACAGGUCCAUGGUGGCAAAACAUCUGCAGCAGCAAUUCAGAGGAACCUACUGCAUGACGGAGCUCAGGGACAGUGAAGGAGUGUAAUUUUUUAAGUGUUUUUACAAUCAUUUAUACACUUUUAUAAGUCUAAGACGCACAGGCUCACUGUCACUCACUCAGGUUGCAGGGUUAAAAGAUCUUGUUUAGACUAGUGGCCCAGAACCUGAAGCAUGAUCAGCUGUAGGAGCUGGAGUCCCUGCAAGAGGUCACAGUUGACGAGUUGAAUCUUCAUGACCGUAAAUGCAAUGAUAAAACAAAGGUGAGGGAGGAAACACCUGUACUUCUCCUUCUCCAUCAUCCAGCUGAUCGAGCUGUUGCCAUGCCCCCUUUUUUCUGUCUUUGUUAAGAGGCUCUCAACCACAGCCGGCCCAAGCCUCAAUGGGGCCCUAAGCAAGAUUUGAUUUUGGGGCCCUCUAUUUCUGGCAAUUGUUGAUCAUUUACACACCUUCACAAAUCUCUUUAAUAUUCCCUGACAUGUAAACAAACCUUUAUCUUGGUGUUUUUUCUCUUCUUCCUUUUCUUUUCUCUGCUCCUGAAGGAUAUGUCCUUUUUUUACGAAAUUGUUUUGCUCCACAACUACCUGCUCUUUGGACGCUCAGUGCACAUUGCACAGCAGAAGGAACAUAAGCAGUAAGAAUCAUAGGCCUACAUCAGCAGCAUCACUAAAUGUUUUUACUUUAUUUUAUUUUGACAGUAAUUUUUAUUUAAUCGUACAGAAAGCAUCACUCAUACAUGCAAAACAUAUAUAUAUUUAUAUAUAUAUAUAUAUAUAUAUAUAUAUAUAUAUAUUUGGAUUGCUCUUGGGGGGCCCCUAUUGGCCGCGGGGCCCUAAGUAGGCCCUUGGUUCACUUAUCUUGUAGACCGGCUCUGCUCUGGACUAAAGAAUAUGGGCAUUAAAAUAAGGUUUGUGGGGAAAUAUGGUAACAAAAUGUGCCAAAACAUGGCACUAUUGUAGCUCUGUCAACUUGCUCAGUGUUGUUUUGUUCUAUAGAAAAGGUUCAUAAGAAUAAGAAACACUUUAAACCUAGUUUAAGUUUUACAGUAUCGUUCAUAAUUUUAAUUUAAUAAAUUGUUUCUUCUAGAGUCACUUCUGAGUUUAAAACGUGAUUAAGAAAUUGAUUUGUUCGUGAAUUUAUUAUUUGUUUCAGUCGACUUUGGAAGGGCGGUUUUAUUGUACUACUUUCGGUACGGCAUAGUCGGAAGUGAUAUUACCGCUACCCGGAAACAGUUCCAAAUUUCAGCAAGGUACCUAGAACAACAUUUUUCAGAUAAAAUAUGGAUUUUCACAGAUGGAUCAAAAGACCCUGAUACUGGAAGAACAGGAGCUGCAGUUCUCAUUCCACACUACAAAACACAUAUCAAGAAAAGAACCACAGACCAUCUAUCAGUAUAUACAGUUGAGCUAGUUGCUAUAAUCUUAGGUUUGGAAUGGAUAGAAGCAAACAAUCAAAACAACACACUAGCAUCAAAGCAUCAAAACCAUGAAGUCAUGUAGGCAAGAACUCAUAUAUAAAAUACACAAUCUACUUUAUACAAUUUACAAGAGGGGUUUAUCAGUGUGUUUUAUUUGGGUUCCUGCCCAUGUAGGUAUAGAAGGGAAUGAAGAAGUUGAUUUUCUGGCCAAACAAACACUCAAAUCACACAAUGUAAAUACAGAAAUUCCGUUAAGUAAGGCAGAGGGUAAAUCACUAAUCAAAAAACAUAUGAAGAAAGUAUGGCAAGAAUACUGGGACAUUCAAGAUACGGGAAGACAUCUUUAUAACAUACAGGAAAAAGUUGGGUUGGGAAGAAGAAGGGGCAGGAACCGGAGGGAGGAAGCAAUCAUCACACGUCUGAGGAUAGGACACACAGGACUGAAUAACACACUGUAUAAGAUAGGAAAACACCCAGAUGGCAGUUGUGACAAAUGUGGACAGGCUGAGACUGUCCAGCAUGUCUUGUUAGAUUGUAGAGGAUAUGUGGAGCAAAGGAGGAUACUGGCAGCAGCAGUGCAGGAAACCAGGAUGGCACUUAGCAUGGGGAAUCUACUAAGUUCAGAAUCAGAAAUUGUAAUCAAGCAUCUAAUGGCAUAUUUGAAAAACUCGGGGCUACUGGAGAGGAUCUAAUUCCUUUUUUUUUUUUUUUUAAUCAAUUUUUUCUGUCUACCAAUUUACUGCUCUACACUCCAGUCCAGUAGGUGGCGGUAAUGCACCUUCUCGUUGGUUUGCCAACCGCCAAUAAACACCAUAGAAGAAGAAGAAGAAGGAAGUUCCAUACUUCAGCGGUCUUUGGGACUUUCUGGCGGGAUGUCGUUGUGCAUUUAUUCAUUUGAAUGGACUAAUUUCUUCUUUAGAAAUGAGUAUUCCUGUGUCAGACUUUAGCGCUUUCAGUUUGGACAAGAAAGAUAUAGAUAAGGAGCAGCUAAACAUCUUGAGUAAAGAGUUUAAAGGAGCUUUUACGGAGCUCGGUUUCCUGUUUCUGACCAACACUGGCAUCACCUAUGAGGAGGUAAGACUGAGGGAAGACAGAAGUUUGUGUUAAAGCUGGUUCUGUUCAAGGAUAAAUGAGUGUUUGUGUUUUUUUUGGACAGGUUAAAAAUGUUAUGGACAUAUCCAGGACGUUCUUCCUGCAGCCGGACAAACUGAAACUGCCCUUCACCAGGGGGAACUUUUCACACAACCCCAACCAUGGCUGGGUGGCUCUGGAGAUCGAGAAGUAAGUACCAGGACCACACCGACUCUGAGCCCGCAUAAUGAUCAGGAACAGGUGCAUGUCCACCUGUCAUUAACCCUUAGAACUCCCAGCUAUAUUUUGCUAUUAUAUAGUAACUCGAUCGUUUCAAGCAAAUAUAUACACAUCUUUUAUUUUCAGGACAACCUCAGCUGUCAGUUUAUUGGUGCAAAAAUGAUGUAAACUUAAUAUAACAGUAGAUUCAGAACCAUCAAAGUCAACCAAAAAACAAAAAUGGAAAGUAAUGAUAAGAGUACUUUGCUCAAAAAACACAUAAAUCUACAUUGACCAAGCCUUUUCUCACCUGCACGCCAUUCUCUCAAGUCUUGGCUAUCAGGAGAGGAAAUAUUGGGAUUGGAACAAACACACAACAGAAACUAUUGACAUAUUUACACUAAUUCUUCCAGGUGUUUUUGACUAUUUACAGUUGUUUCUGCCGCUCCUUGAAGCAGUUCCUGUCUGGGAUGAGACAGAGGACCACAUCAUACUGCUCAGAAUCUCUUCUUUACGUGUUUCCAAACAUUGAGGAACAUUAUUUCUGAUUUUGCAGACAAACAGGGAACUUUCUUGUCUCUUGUUGAUCUUUGGUUGUCUCUUGUUGGACACUACCGUCAAGGGAACAAUAGAAGAAGAAUAUGAGACGUCAUCAAAACAGCUUUUCAAACCCAGAAGACAUUAGCGGCAUGUAGUGAUAGUAAUCUUUUUUUUAUCACAACGAUACGAUAAAUAAUCCUGUUUUCACCGGUAUAUCACUGCGGAUUUACCAUCAAAUGUCUCUGAUCAAACACCUAUUUUUGUGGCUGGAUUGUAAACCUUGUGGCAGGUGUAGAAAUGUCUGGAAACCCUCGAUAGAUCGCCAAAAGGAUAAGAUUUUGAACAAGAUACACGGUAUAGUUCCUGAGAAACUGUAAACUGUAGUAGUGGUGUCAUGUGGGAUCGCCAGUGUUAAUAUCACUUGUCUGUAAACUGUCUUGAGGUUUGAUGGGUAAAAAUAGAACACUCUUUUGGAAAGGACAACUGGACUUACUUGUGACGUUACUACUUAGGGUUUUUAAUGCAGUUUUAACAAAGAUUUAUAUUUGUAGAUUUACACUCUGCAUCAUUUUUCUUUUUUCCAGGUUGGAUCCACGCCGACCUGGAGACCUGAAGGAGGCAUUCAAUGUUUUACUUCACCCAGACAUAGUAAGGACAGUUUUGGCUGCAGUAUGUUUAUGUGUUUACUUUUGGAGAAAUAAGACUCGUGUUGUAUCCCGUGACAACGUUGUGUACCGCUGUCAGUUUAUAUUCAUGUUCAUAAGUAGUCACUCAGCAUACAUGUCAGGUUUGCUGCAAAGGAAGGGAAAUUCAUAAUCACAGCACUCUUAAAUGUCAUAGAUGAGCGUCCAGUGUUUUUGUGCCGUGUCCAUUUCUUUCUACAAUUUUAAAUCGAGUUUCUUCAAAAGUUUACUCAAACUAAAACUCUGUUUCCUCCUGUAGAGGUGGCCGUCAGUGAAGUCGUCUGAUGGAGAGUCGUUCCAGGAUGUUCAUACAAGUUUCUUCCUGCGCUGUAAAGAGCUGAGUCUGCGGGUACUCAGGGUGAUGGCUCACUGUCUAGAACUGGACCCAGAGGUGUUCCUCGGCCCACACCGUAACAUGGGAAGUAAGUGAAAAACAGAGAAGCAAGUUAACUAAAGAGUUAGAGUGUUGAUUUUGGUCAGAAAAUGAUCAAAAAUAGACAUCUUCUAGUCCAAAGCUGAAAAUGAUCCCCUCAGAUUUAUUAUUUUACAAAGAUGAGCUGAGAAAGUGGGAAAUAUUGUAACAGAAGCAUUGAUAAUCAGGGAAAUAUGACUCAUUAUUUCCUAUAAUAUACCUCAGAAUAAUCAAUCAAACAUCAUUAUUGUUGGUGGUUUUGAUGUCAGAUCUCUCGAUUUACAGGAUCACCGCGUUUGAACAAAAGAAGUCUCAGAAAUUCAUCAGUGAAAUAAGAAAUAUAUCAAAAUAAGCUCCCAAGAAAACAAGAGAGUACGAACAGUUCUCACACUGACAGCUUUGGUUCCAUUUCUCCGGUUUAAGCUUCAUGUCAUCAUGACGGUAAAUUGAGAUCACCAUGACUUGAUCCUUUGUUUAUCUGAUUUUUUUUUCUGGCUUUAGUAAACUUUUAGUCUGGAGGAACGUCGGCUGUAACUUCUACAUCUCAGGGACAAGACUGCUUGUUUGUUCCUCUCUAUAUUAGAGCUGUAGUUAACCAAAGAAAAACCUGAUCGACCAAAAUAACACCAACUCAUUAACAAGCUGAUCGGUGGAUGUGACUCACCCUGAGUGAACUUGGAAAUAAACAGGAUGUGGUUUUGCAGCAUCACAAAUUCUUUUUAAUCUCAUUACUCAGAGUUGACCAUAAAUGUGACCUCUGUAUGUGAUCUGGGGAUCUCAGCCCAGUAACUUCAACUGAAAUUUACAAACACAGAUGCAUGUCGGUGUGAUCAGACUGACUUUAAAACCCCCAAACUUGCCUUUAGCACUUUAGCUUUGUAACACCAUCCUGACAGCGGGGUCUAAAAUGAGACUGUGUGAUGUUUCUCUCUACCUGAUAGAAAAUAGAUUUAAAAAAGCACGUUUGAGCCUGUUCUUCACCAUACCUACUGUUAGGCCUGUCACGAUAACAAAUUUUGCUGGACGAUAAUUGUGCUACAAAUUAUCGCCAAUAAACGAUAUUAUUGACACUAUUUUUUAAAUUAUAGAUAAUGAUAUUGUAUGGCAUAAUAAUGCGAAUACACCAUGUCAAAAGUGAUAAACUUUAAUUUCCACACGAGAACAACACUGGUUGUUUUCGUUGACUAAAAUAUUUCCCUUUUCUCCCACGACGAAGACGUAACGUUGACGAGCUAAACAUAAGUCGGAGAUGACUAAAAUGUGACGAGACGAAAGUACGUUAACGUUGAUGGGACGAGACGAAAAUGACAAACAGAGUUGCAAAACUCAGUCAGUUAAACGCUAAACAUAUAGGAGCAGCUUCAGUCCGCUCUGACAGCUCUCAUCAGCCUGCUGUGCUCCUCCAACACACAGACACACACGCGCGCACGCACACGUGGAGUUUUGUGGUUGACGAAAACAAAACUGGUUUAAAGCCGAAAUAUUCCCACACUUGGGCUGUUGCGUUCGGUUUGGACACCAAAACUGUCGUGUUCAUUCUGUUAGCUUGCUUUUCACUCACGACGCUCACUUGCUGCACUGUAUCCAAAAGUCUGUGUCUGUGUGUCUGUGUGCCUGUGCGCGCCAGCCCCCUCGUGACAAAGACACUGAAUGACUGACAGGAGGGUUCACUAACUCCGUUCAUUCCGCUAUAGAGCCAACGCCCCCAGGUGCCGAGAACAAUGCGCAGAGUGAGACCUCUUCUCUCAUCCAGCGUGUUUGGUAGCGAGAGAGGAGGAAAACAAACGCACGUCAAUUAUCGAGGCUGGCAAAGUUAUCGACCUCGUUUUUAUUUAUCGAGCGAUAAGGCGAUUUAUUGAUUAUCGUGACAGGCCUACCUACUGUAGAUAAUACGUCACAAAUAUGUCGUGUCUAUUUAGAAACCCUCCUCAGAGUUUUUAGAAACAGAGACACCUGUUAACAGUGACGUUGUGUCCCCUCCAGCGGAUAAAAACAGCACCGCCCUGCGAUCGCUGUACUACCCACCGGUGAAUAGUGAGGAGGCCAAAGAGGGUCAGCUGCGGUGUGGAGAACAUUCAGACUACGGCAGCAUCACUUUGCUGUUCCAGAGCUCUGAAGGACUGGAGGUAACUCCACCAACACCUCCACCUCUGGAAACGUCACAUUUACACUAAUCCAAUCUGAGUCUCUAAUACCACUUAGUUUGAAUCAAUCGUCUCAUGAGCUUUUAAAAGUUAUAAUAAUCAGACUUUUUGUGAAUGUGAAAUGUCUGUCAUCCAGGUGCGUAGUCGUUCAGGUGAAAUCAUUGCGGCUCCCUGCAUCCCCGGAGCAGUUCUCGUCAACAUCGCCGAUCUGAUGCAGCGCUGGACCAACGAACAGUUUGUAUCCGUGGUGAGUUUAGAGAUUCAUUUUACAAAUACAAGUCAUAAUCAUGGAAAUCUGAGCUCAGCCAGGACCAGACAAGUAAAAGUCAUACUGAGGAUAUAGAUAAAUGAAACUUAAAUCAAGUGGAAACAGGAUGUUUUAAAUGUGAAAGCCGCUCACUGCCUUGUUUCUGUCCCUCAGCGCCACAGAGUUUUGCUGCCUUCUGCUGGAGACUCACGGACACGUCAGUCCAUGGCUUUCUUCGUCCAUCCGGAUGACGACUCCCUGAUCACCUGCUGUGAUGGCUCUGACAAAUACCCUCCUGUGACAGCAGGCGAUUAUCUGAUAGAGCGUUUUAAUGACUCGUAUGGAAAAAAAUGAUUAUUUUUUAAUUUUGUGUAAGUUUUAUUCUGAUGGGGUCCAAAGUUUCCCUCAAGUCUACGGUCCUGCAGUUGGAAGAUUCAGCAGACUGAAACAUCUGGCAGGUGAAAUGAAUGUUUUUACAAACUUGAAACAAAAGCACUUAAAAGUGAGUGAGAUAUGAAGCAGCAAGUGAUCCUUUCCUCCUUGAGGGUGAUUUUUAGAUGACUUUGACAAAGGUUUACUCGUAGUGGCAAAACAACUGCAGCUCUCGCCUGGUGGUCCUGGUCUGCAGUGGUCGAAGGAGGAGCUGGUCGACCUGUGAAUGGUCAUAGGAGGCCAAGGCUUACAGGUGUAGAUGAGGAGUGAAGCUGUGAGUGGUCAGAUUCAAAUUGCUUAAAAAGUCGAUUGGCGGCGUAUGCAGCUACAAAAACCUGUUAAUUGUUCAGCAUUAAUGACAGAUACCCUUACCAUGGGUACUGAUGCGUCCCUGUGCUACCGAGGAUUCUGGCUGUUAAAAUGUGUGCUGCUAACAAGCCUGGUAGCCCCUUCCUCUCAUGAGUGGAUGAUCCUCAUCAGACCCCAGGACAGUUUUUCAUUAGACCUCAAUCCCUGAAUGGACUCGAGCCUUCUCAGCAUGUCUGAGUUGUGUUAAUAUGAGGUUUCCUGCAUGUAUGGUUCAGUUUUAACUGUGUUCACAUACGGUGGUUUGUGGAAGUGACUUUGAACCCAUGCAGGGAUUUCCACUUCAGAGUCAUGUCUGUUAAAUUCAGUGCUGGCUGAGGGUUGAAAGAUCAACUCUCCUGAUCGCCCAUCAUUUAAAAACAUCAUGCUGUAGAUUUGUACGGAAGCCUAUUGCAUUCACCAAAAAAUGUAGAAAGUUUGUUUUUCAGACUAUUUAAUAAUAAAAAAAAAAAUCAGACUGUUUUUUCUUUUCUCUGGGAUCAUGACCAUUUAAAAACCGAAGCUUUCAUCCCCGUCUGCUCCAUUUAUUGGAAGCAAACAUGCCCCACUUGUUUAGUUUCAUCAAGUUUUACUUUUUUUGGGUUUGAGACACUGGGAGAUCCUCCUCUCUUUAAGUCAGAUGGAUGGAAUCGUCAUAACACGACUUUGCACAGACACCUCAGGAUUUUCAUACCCUAUGUUUAACUAAUAACAUGCUUUACUCUCAUUGACCAUAUAGUUGAAGUUAUCUAGGAGCUGGAGAAUCCGCUGAUUUGGUGCAUCCGCGGUGGUUACCAUUAUCUGAUUGUAUAUGAUUCUCACAGGAUUUUGAAGUAUCUCAUUAAGGAGAAAAACAAGUGGGCCAUGUUUGCUUCCAAUAAAUCGAGCAGACGGGGAUGAAAGUGUCUGUUUUUAAAUGAUCAGGAUCCCGGAGAAAAGGAAAAACGAUUUGUCUGAAAAAUAAAACAAAACAAAAAAAUAGUAAGAAAAACUGAAAAAAGUAUUAGUAGAAAAAAAAAAAGAAAAAAAAAGUCAAAAACAGAAAGAUGAAAAAAAUUGUCCAAAAAAACAGAAAGAGGAAAACAAUAGUACAAUAAAUAGGAGAAAAAAUCUGAAAAACAGAAAGACAAAAAAUAUUAGUCCAAAAAAACAGAAGGAAAAAAAAGUCAGAAAAACAGGAAGAUCAAAAAAAAUUCUAAAAAAAAAAAAGAUCAGUCUCCAUUUUUUAAUAAGUGAAUGCAAUACACUUCCGUAGAUUUGUGAAGCAUCAUUCUGAGAUUGUUGAAUUACUUGCUCACGCGUUCCCUCACAGAGUUGUGAACCUCCUCCCGUCGUCUUAGACUCAGCCUCUCGGCCUUUUUUGUGCCUCAUCCUGUCGCUAACUGUUUAAAAUGAACUUCAUUAAGCACUAUUUUAUUGUGGAGCUAAAUCUGCAUCACUAAAUUCCAAACGAGCGCUUUUUUAUUUAAUUAAUUAUUUGGAGUUGUGACAUUACCUAUUUUUUUUAACUGAAUUUUAGAGAUUGUGCCGUUUACACAAACACCUGUCUCAAUGUGUAAUAACAAUAAAAAAAGACUCAAACCUGCAA